AUGUCCACCCAGAACCAUCCUCUUGCCUCUACUACCCUGUGGUCAUCUUUUAUGCCAAUUCAAGUUGCCGUCCCGCUAUAUCCACGUAUAUUGGGCCUUGGCACUGCUAUGAGUGAAGAUCCUGGCGUCCAGUUCAUGGGCGCCAGGUCCAAGCCAACUCAGCGUCACAUGUCGGAAGAGUCUAGUGAGGGGGGACAAUCGUCCUGGCACCACCAUUUUCAUCCUCCGCGUCCUGAGAUGUCAAGCUCUCGACCUGCCCGAUUGCCACCUAUAAGAACCCCCCGAGACGGCUUUGACUAUCGACGACCAGCGGAGGCCAGACCUCAGGACGACGAUGUCAUCGAUCUGACCAACGAACCUGAGACUCCUCCACAGCGAAGUCAGCAUCGCAACGAGAACCGUCUUUCAUACUCCUCACGACUCCCGCGCUUUGGAAGAAACAUAAUGGCCGAGGCAGAUAUCGUCGAUCUGGAGGAUGAGCCGGACAACGCUGGAGAAGGACCUUCCAGUAGCCCAGAGGUUCAGUUCGUCAGCGCCACAGUACGCCAGCAACCACCACCUCGAAGGUGGGACCCUGGCAGCCUGCUCCCGACCAACUUCCCGUUGACUCGCAGUCGAAGACCGGAGGAGACGUCGCGAUGGCCAUCUCUUCCAAGACUUCCGAGACCUCAUAAUAUCAUGGCUAGCCAGAUAGACGCGCUGUUCCUCGGUUCCAGAGACUCCAUCCCAAGCAUGCCCACCCCUGGAGUUUUUCUCGACUACGCCUUUCCCUCAUUCUCUAUGGAACCAGCCUCAACGCAACAAGAAGAGCGACGCCAACGUGAGGCAUAUAAACCACCUAGCCCAGCCCCGGAAGGAUUUUCGCGCACACUGGGUGAAGAUGACGUUGCAAUUUGCCCCAAUUGUGACUGGGAAUUAGGAACCGGAGACGGAAAGAAGCAGGAGAUUUGGGUUGCGAAGCAGUGUGGUCACGUCUACUGCGGUGAAUGUGCUGAGAACAGGUCUCUCUCCAAGGCCAAAAAGGCACAAGCAGCUCCAAAAACCAAGCCUUUCUCCAAGUGCCAGGUCGAGGGCUGCGGUAAGCCAGUCAGUGCGCCUACCGCCAUGCUUCACCUAUACCUAUGA